CAACAGUGCCUAAGGAUGCUCAUAUUUACUUAUCAAAGUGGAGUGACCUGAAAUUAAAUCUGCAUUACUCAUGUCUUUGGUAUAGUAGUAGAGAUCGCUUUGUGAUGCGUUAUUUCAAGCUUCGCCUUUUCAUACUAAUGGCUUACUGUUUAAGAAGCAAAUGUUACGACUAGCUUUGGAUGAGAGCACUUCUCUUACAGACCACUCCUACUCGACACUGAACACUGACACGAAGUCCUGGGGACAUCUCCUCAGUUAGCAGAGCCGCUAACACGCCUGCAUGGUCAUCAUCUAACAGGCUGCUAGCUAACACUGCUAACGGGGGGCGAGGCUGUUGCUCGCAAAAACGACAAGCUAACAGGUUAGUGUCUUUAACGGCGUGCAGACUUGUCCCAUGUUGUUAUUCCUAGAUGGAGCAGUUUUUAUUACUCACCUAAGUCUUCAGGAAAGAGCAGUGUACGUUUGAUGUCAGCCUCUCUCACACGUGUGUAUGUGUUUAGGUAGUUUCCGGAAACAGAAGCAGUCCUGAAGUCCCGCCUACUUCAGAAGGGUUUCAAGAGCCGGCCAAUCACGUUAGAGCAUAUGGGAGGUAGCCACGCCUUCGCUUAUUCUCCUCGCAGAGUAAAGAACAAGACUGGUUGGUGAGCAGUGUAGAUCAUGAAUCACACAUCCUCCUGAAAACACACAGAGGUGCAGACAAACUUGAAGAAUUACUUUCAUGUCACAUAGUUCUUUUGACCUGAAUUUCCCCUUAUGUUGUAAGAGUUAACAUGUAUUAUGUGCUUUCAGUGGUCAGGGUCAAAUUUAACACACUAUAACACAGAGUUAGACACCCCCUCGAGAGAUUAAUGUUGCCGACCGCUUCUCUUCUCUAGCUAUACCAACUUUGGUAACGACCGCAGGAUAGCAAUACACAGCGGUCUGAGGAGCCACAAACAAACCUCAACCAAAACGCCACUCUAUAGCCACAAAUAACGCUCAGAACAGCACCUAACUUCAUCAACAGUACAUAUAGGGUCCUAGCUAUAGUACUAGCCACCAAACAUCUUUUUAGCUUUGCCUGAUUUCUUUAACUCACCUACGCUCUUCCAGCAGCCACUUGUUUGUAGCGAGACCUCGGGCUAGGCAAUUACAGACCGCUGCGGGGUGACGCAGCUCAAGGAAGAACAUUUAUGGUCAUUACUUUAUCAUUUCCUUGAAGUAAUAAUCACCAUAUUAAUCAUUUUGCUCUGCAGACACGGUAGUUCUUUUGCCUUAGCAUCUCGGUCUGAUUAUAAAUGUUCUUCCUUGAGCUGCGUCACCCUGCUGUAGUUCGUAAUGGACUGACCCGAGGUCUUGCUACAAACAAAUGGCUGCUGAAUGAGAGCAGGUGAGUUGUGUUUAGUCUCUUUGCUAGAGAAAUUAGGCAAAAUUAAAAAGAUGUUUAAUGGCCAGUACUAUGGCUAGGACCCAAGAUGAACUGUUGAUGAAGUUAGGUGCUGUUCUGAGCAUUAUUUGUGGCUAUAGAGUGGUGUUUUGGUUCCUCCUCAGACCGCUGUGUAUUGCUAUCGUGCGGUCGUUACUAAAGUUGGUAUAACUAAUCUCUCGACGGGGUGUUUAACUCGAUGUUACGGUGUGUUUGACCCUAAUGUCACUGAUGUUUGGGGCACACAUUUGUUUUUGAGCGUGAUGGUGACUGAACUUGCUGGAUAAGCUCCUGCUGUGGGUCUGGAUGAACUCUUUGUUCAACUUUUCUAAAUGUCAUGAAACCCGAGGACCGGUUAUAAGAUUACAUACUAGAAAGGGUUAAUUCAAACAACUGCUGCAUUUGUUCCACUUUAUAAGAGUCAAAGUUUAGCUUUAAUAUGUUGCUGUGAACACUCAGGCCAAACAUGAGGAAUAAUAUUCUUUUAUUUUUGAUGAUUUAAGAGGUGCUUUCAAACAGGAAAAAUGUGAUUAUCCUACAUUCUUUGCUCUUAUAACGUGACAUGUUGAUUAUUGUUGGUGUACUUUGAUCAAAGUAAGGUUAUGAAAAUGACAAAAAGCAAACAUAUCUAAUUCUUGUUAUGGUUUAUCUGAAGGAAACUGUUAUUUAGGGAAAAGAAAGGAAAAGAAAGGCUGUAGGAAAAAGUCAGUGAUAGUCAAUACAACUUGAUGUCCAUAGAUGAGGCAUUUUAUCACUUUUAACAAUCUGUGCACCACCCUCAUACAUGUAUCCAUAGUCUACUUUUCUCUCUCUCAUUCAGCUUUCUGUCUCUCUGCAUCUCUAUUUCAGUCCCUCUUCGGCCUGACCACAUAAUGACAGACCUGCUGUAUAUGAAAGGACCCUGCCCAUGCGUCCUUUCCCGGCCACCUCCCUUUUCACAGGCCUUUAUAAGCCUCUCACACAGGCAGGUGGGGGCACCACUUUCUGAAGAGGAAUAGUGACUGGCAUCUUGAAGGCUAUCUCGCGGGCAACAACCUCGUUCUAACAGCUGACCAUGGAUAACCAUUCGUACAACUUCCCCUCGGACUGCACCCCUCUCACCAACUGUAAGUCUGCCCGUAAACCUGCUGGAUCCACCGUGGUGAACAUGGGCAACGUUGGCAAGAAUCCUCCCCGGGACUAUUUGGUCUGGUCACUGUGCAACACCCUGUAUGUUAACUUCUGCUGCCUGGGAUUCAUGGCGCUUGUCUACUCCAUCAAGGUCAGACAUUUUGCUCACUUUUGUAAUUCAAAAUGAAAGUUCAACAAAUCCAAGAAACAACUGAUGUGUUUAAAACACACACAAAAGAAUUAAAAAGAUGAGAUUUUACACUGUGUAUUAACCAUGUCUUUAUAAAUGAUUUUAAAUAAUGUUUUUCAGCAUUGAUCAUUAUUUACAACUAAAGAUUUCUUAUGUUUACAAAUAAUGAUUGAAUGUCGUUUUGGCGAACACAAAAUGAAGACACUGUAAUAAAGAUACCAAGGAAACAAACAGAGGUAAAUUAUAAUAAGUAAGAAGGAAGUUAAAAUAAUACAAUAUAACAUUAGAGUUUUACAAUGCCAGUCUUGUGCAAACUGAACCAUCCAAAUGCCAUGAUAAUUAAAGGUUGCAGAAAAAGGCAAGUGGGCCAAACAGGCAACAAGUUGGCUCGCAGUAACGUCUCAAAGAAAUUUAACUUUUGGUAUUGCCACAUUUUGACCGUGGGAUUCAAGAAAUGUUUCAGGGUAUUGUGUGUUGUAUGAAGUAAAUGUCCUUUGGGGGAGGUUUUAGUUCUAAAAUGGAGAGGGCAUUGUAUUUAAAUCAUUGUGGUGUCUGUUAUUGUCCCUGAUCAGAUGGCAAACGCUGCAGAAAGUUGGUGCGCCUUUUACCGCAGGAAUGAGGCUGUGCAGAAACAGGAACCCAAACAAAACAAAACCUGUCUCAUUUAACGGCAACUUAAAGAUCCUUGAAAAAUAUUGUUUGCAGGAUCGGUCUUGCUGUGUACCUACCUGAACAAGAAAAAAAAAAUGUUACCGCAAAAAGGGCGUGCAUGUGCUUUAUUUUAGUCUUUUUCAAAUCUUUCAUCUGCCUGUGCAGGGCGCAGCUCUGAAUCACAGGCUCAGUAUUGGCUCUGCGCUCAAAAUUAAAGACAGUGACUGGCUGCUCGUCUAGGGAGUUAAAAACAGUAUAAUUGGCAUCCUCCUAAUGGGCGAGUACUCAUGGGAAAUUAGAGAGUGCUGGGGAAAGACUCAGCCUGAUUCAUUCCAAAAUACACAGAUAGAAGUUGCUCAAGGAUUUCGCAGCGCUUAGCCCUCCCACAACCUUGAGUCUGUACUCGGUGAGGAAAAAGUGGGAGUUACAGGACAAGGAAAGACCAUGUUUAAACAAACAUAUUAUGAGACUUUACAGAAGCUCUCCCACUGUCACUAGGUACACCGUAGCUCCACUUAAUUUGGGUAAAAUAAUGCAAGUGUGUUUGUGUGUCUGUGUAGGCCAGGGAUCAGAAGACUCAGGGCAACCUGCAGCUGGCCCAGGAGUGCUCAGAUAAAGCCAAGUGGUACAACAUCCUAGCAGCCGGCUGGAACCUGCUGAUCCCUCUCCUGGCCGUCGUCCUGCUCGUCCUCCUGUUGGUUCACCUGGGGACGUCCCAGGGCUCCUUCGACUUCCUUGGAGAAGACGGCUUUCAAAACUUCAUGAAACUGUUCAGCUGGUAG